UUCCUCUCAGCCGUAAAGUGAGAGUGCUCGCGGCCUGUGGGAAACUAGUUGCCUCUUUUACGGCACGAUGGCGGUCUCCAGGGAGACGGGCCGGUCCCUGACAACUCGCUACCUCCGGGCCCGCUGGAUUUUGAGUGGAGUCGCGCAGCGGCUGCUGCUGAGGGAGCCGGGCCGCGAUGCUGCGCCAAGCGGAUCCGCGGUGAUUGGGGGACGGCGGCCGUGGAGCGUCUCCCCGGUCCCGGAGGGAGCCCGUGGUGCUCGGCAGUUCCGGCCUCCCACCGCGGCGAGCCGCUACACGUCGGCCCCCGGGCUGCAGUUCCAACCUCCCACCGCGGCGAGCCGCUAUAGGUCGGCCCCCGGGCUGCAGUUCCAACCUCCCACCGCGGGGAGCCGCAACACCUUGGCCCCCGGGCUGCAGUUCCGACCUCCCACCGCGGGGAACCGCUACACGUCGGCCCCCGAGCUGCAGUGCCGACCUCCCACCGCGGGGAGCCGCAACGCGUUGGCCCCCGAGCUGCAGUUCCGACCUCCCACCGCGGCGAGCCGCUACAGGGUGGUGCUGUUCACCGGUCCGUCCAGUGGGUGGCGUUGUGAGCCAGGGGCCGGGUUGCAGUUGGAGGCUGUGGCCGCGGGGAGGCGAUCACACGAAGGGGAGGAUGAGGGAGAAUGGGCACUGGGAACCUCUGGUGGUCUGUGCGCCCUGGCAGCUGCCCUCACUUAUUGUUACAGCAGAACGUCGGAGUCAGACGGUCACGUGCUGUUGGAAGCUGCCCGACUGAACAACGUACCUGAGGUCAGCAGGUUGCUGUCCACUGGUGUCCCUACCUCGUUUCGGCACAAGUUGGGUUGGACCCCACUGAUGGUCGCAGCCAUGAACAAGAACCACAGUGCGGUGAAGGUCCUGUUAGCGGCUGGUGCAGAUCCCAACCUCGGCGAUGGAUUCAGCAAUGUGUAUGAGACGUCAAGGGAGAAACACGUUCAUUCUUUAGAAGUGCUGGUGACGAGAGAAGAUGAGUUUAGCAACCGGUUGAACACGCGUGCUAGUUUCCGUGGUUGCACUGCUCUGCACUACGCCGUACUGGCUGACGACUACCAGACAACCCAAUUGCUGCUUGAUGCUGGUGCCAAUCCCUUACUGCGCAAUGAUAUGGGACACACACCAGUCGACUACGCCAGGGAGGGGGAAGUCAAAAAGCUAUUGAAAGAGGCUGAAGUGAAGUAUCAGGAGCAGCAGAGGAAGCAAGAGGCUGAGGAGCGCAGACGGUUCCCGCUGGAGCAGAGACUGAAAGAACACAUCAUUGGCCAGGAGACUGCCAUCGCAACUGUGGCAGCAGCCAUCCGAAGAAAGGAGAAUGGUUGGGCGGAUGAAGAGCACCCGCUCGUCUUCCUCUUCCUCGGAUCGUCUGGAAUUGGAAAAACCGAGCUGGCAAAACAGAUUGCUAAGUACAUGCAUAACGAUGUCAAAAAGAAAUUCAUCAGGCUCGAUAUGUCGGAAUUCCAGGAAAAGCAUGAAGUUGCAAAGUUUAUCGGUUCACCACCUGGUUAUGUCGGACAUGAGGAAGGUGGUCAGCUGACCAAGAAACUGAAACAGAGUCCGAACGCGGUGGUUUUGUUUGACGAAGUGGAUAAGGCCCAUCCCGAUGUUCUGACCAUUAUGCUGCAACUCUUUGACGAGGGAAGACUGACAGAUGGCAAAGGAAAGACCAUCGAGUGUAAGGAUGCAAUCUUCAUCAUGACCUCCAAUGUGGCCAGUGAGGAAAUAGCUGAGCAUGCCUUACAACUGCGUCAGGAAGCCCAGGAACUGGGCAAGAAACGUCUAGCCGAGAAUCUAGAUGAUGUAUUUCUGAGUGAGAAAGUGACCAUCUCCAGACAUUUCAAAGAACAUGUGAUCAGACCCAUUCUAAAGGCCCAUUUCCGACGGGACGAGUUUCUGGGCAGAAUCAACGAGAUUGUUUAUUUUCUUCCCUUCUGUCACUCCGAACUGAUUCAGCUGGUCAACAAGGAGUUAGUUUUUUGGGCCAAGAAGGCCAAACAACGACACGAUAUCAACCUGCAGUGGGACCAGGAGGUGAUGGAUGUACUGGCGGAAGGAUACAAUUUACAUUACGGAGCGAGAUCCAUCAAGCACGAGGUGGAGCGGCGUGUCGUAAACCAGCUGGCAGCUGCCUACGAACAGGAGCUUCUGCCUCACGGAUGCACACUUCGCAUUGCUGUGGAAAGUUCGGGCAUGGGAGUGACGAGGGAGCAAGGUGCGGAACACGGGGAGCCUGACUCCAGGGGCACAAAGAUCAGGCUGGAGAUCGUGGAGAAAGACAGCAAGUCCCGCCGGCUGGACAUCAGGGUCCCAGUCAAAGCAGACAAGGUGGCCCACCGGUUGUAGCACUCACCGGAUAGGAGCUGGAACUUCGACCAUGACUGACUGCUGCCGUACGGGAAUGAAGAAAUUCACAGCCCACCCACACACCACAUCCCCCGCCCCCCCCUCCCUCCCCACCCUCCCUGUGAUCUCUCCAUCCCUUCACUGAAUCGUUCGUGAUGUCUCCAUUCCUCUCCCUCGCCACUGACUCGUGCUGUGGCACGGGAUCCACAGGUCUAUUUUUGGCCGUACCUCCCCCCACUAUCUGCCCACCACUUGCCAACAGGUACAUUCUCUGGAGGAACAAGCCUCAGGGCCUGAAUGACCUCCUCCUGUUCCCAUGUGACAGGUCUGAGGGGCCAAAUUGCCACCUCCUGUUCCAGGAGACGUCGGGGAGCACUCAGGAACCAGAUUUUCCCUGGUUGGUUUUAUUUUCCUUUUGCUGUGUUUUGUGAGCGACUCAAGAGUUAUUGCAGCUCAUUAUAAUUCAGCACGGACCACAGGAAUGGGAGUGGAAAAUCUGCCAGUCUGUACAGCGUGAGUUACAUGCUGGCAUUUCAAAGUGAGCCAUCGAGAGAGAGAGAGGUAUAACUAAAUCGUGUUGUCUCUUUACAGUGGGACAGUGGAUACCUAAUUAAAUUUCUGAUUUGCCCGAA